AUGCGCUCGUAUGCCACUCGGACGCACGGUGUGUGCCAGUGUGUUGUGUGUGUUUGUGCGCUGAACGGUUCACGCGAACAUUCGGACGUGCAGUUCGUUCCCCAUUCGCCCGGCGCCGCUCUAUCCGGCGGCUAAACCAGCCAGCAUCCCGCAGCACCGGAGGAAAAGCCAGAAAUUAUGGGACUGCUGAUUAACGUGAAAGCGCUCACCUUGCUGCUGCUGCUCCAGAUACCCGCAAUAUCUGCGGUCAGUUGGGAGGAAUGGUGGACGUACGAUGGCAUUUCGGGUCCGGCCUUCUGGGGCUUAAUCAACCCGGAGUGGUCAUUAUGCAACAAGGGUCGACGACAGUCUCCCGUCAACUUGGAACCUCAGCGACUGCUGUUCGAUCCAAAUCUACGCAUCUUGCACAUAGACAAACACCGGAUCAGCGGCACGAUCACCAACACAGGCCACAGCGUUAUCUUCACCGCGGACAACGAAACGUCCUCGGCGUACGGUACGCCACAAAUACCAGUGAACCUUACCGGUGGUCCACUCUCCUAUCGCUAUCGAUUUCACGAGAUACACGUACACUACGGGCUGCACGAUCAGUUCGGUUCGGAGCACAGCGUGGAAGGAUACACGUUCCCAGCGGAGAUUCAAAUCUUCGGCUACAACUCCCAGCUGUACGCCAACUUUAGUGACGCGCUGUACCGUGCGCAAGGUAUCGUGGGCGUCGCCAUACUACUGCAGCUCGGCGAUCUUUCCAACCCGGAGCUCCGCAUGCUGACCGAUCAGCUCGAAAGGAUCCGGUACGGUGGGGAUGAGGCACCGGUACGCAGAAUAUCCGUGCGCGAUCUGCUGCCGGACACCGAACACUACAUGACGUACGAGGGCUCGACGACGGCACCGGCGUGCUACGAAACCGUCACCUGGAUCGUCAUGAACAAACCCAUCUACAUCACAAAACAACAGCUGCACGCGUUGCGAAGGUUAAUGCAGGGCGGUCCAGACCACCCGAAGGCACCGCUAGGCAAUAACUUCCGACCGCCGCAACCGCUGCUCCAUCGUCCGGUACGGACGAACAUUGACUUUCGAAACAAACAGGAAAAGGGGGGAAAAAUAUGUGCAACUAUGUACAAGGACGUUCACUAUAAAGCUAAUAGCUGGAAACACAACUGA